AACCCUAUACAUUCAAUAAUGUAAACCCCUCUUUAGAAAUCCGUCCUGACAAAAUGAACUUUACUGAAACUCUUAUUUCAAAGACUAACACAAGGCAAUCGACCUAUCAUCCCGGCUACUUUAAGCUAUUGAGAAACUAGCGCGGGUGGUUUGGUAUUUGUCCUUGCCGAAAAAUGCCAGGUGACCACUUCGAGUUUGAUGAGAGUGGAGAUACAUUCCUGUGCUUUCUGACUGCAUUUUACACCUUAGUUUUAAUCCCACUCACUUAUUUCUGUUGGCCAUCCCUUGAGUUCAAAGAAUCAUAUGAGCAAUCUAAAAGAAAAUGCAUGUGUCAACCUUGCCAACUCAAAAGGCAUCAUAUAAAAUCUUCCACACCGCUUAAAAGGCUCAAAAAAAUCAUAAUAAAGGCUGCAUUUGUUGCUGGCUGGGGAAUAUUUUUCUUACUUGUGUACAAACUCACUUUAAUUGAGCCUGAUAACUCUGGAUUCGAUCCGUUCUUGGUUUUAGGAAUAGACAAAGAUGCAUCUCCCAAAGAUAUCCGAAGUGCGUACAAAAAACUAUCCUUACUGAACCAUCCUGAUAAAGGUGGUGAUCCCAAACGCUUUAUACAAAUCUCAAAAGCAUAUAACGCCCUAACUAAUGAAGAAUCAAGAAAAAAUUGGGAAGAAUAUGGUAAUCCCGAUGGUCCUGGUGCUGCUCAUUUUGGUAUUGCAUUGCCCAAAUGGAUGGUUCAAAGAGAAAAUUUCUAUCUAGUUAUUGGAGCAUAUAUAUUACUGUUCAUGAUAAUAUUGCCAAUUUCUGUGGGUGUUUGGUGGUAUAAUACGAUGAAAUUUAGUAAUAACAAUGUACUGUUGGAUACAAUAAGAUAUUUUUGUGGUGCAUUCAUGCGUUCACCUUAUAUGGCAAUGCCACGUAUUAUUAAAGUAUUAUCCACUGCAUAUGAAUUCAAUCCAAAUUAUAAUAAAGAAAUAAUUUGUCGACCAAGUGAUAACACUGAACUACCUCCGUUAAUUAUGCAGAUACCAUUCUUCACUAUUUUUAAAAAAGCCAUCGUUGGGUCACCAUAUUCAGUAAAAGCUAGAGCAUUGAUUUAUGCACAUUUGGAACGUUUAGAGCUUCCAGCUAACACUUUACAUAUUGAUAGACAGUAUAUUAUUAAACAUUCGCCUCGGUUAAUUGACGAAAUGAUCAACAGUUUGCUAUACGUUCUAGCUGUGGCAAUGGACGAAGCUAAUUCAAGACAUAAAACACCGCAACACUUAGCUACCAUAGAAAAUUGUAUGCAUUUAAUUCCGAUGCUGGUUCAAGCACUUACGGACAAUGCUUCACCGUUACUCCAACUUCCACAUAUCACUCAAACUCAACUUAGACAUAUGGCGACUAAACAACGUAAUAUUAAAUCUGUUCGACAGUUGAUCAAUUUACCAGAUGAUAAACGUAGAGCCCUUUUACGAAGUCUUUCUGAUGAACAAUAUCGUGAUAUUCUUAUAGUUAGUUCUUCUAUGCCCUAUCUAGAAUUAUCCUAUCGAUGUGAAGUAUUAGAUGAAGAUGAAGAUGAUUCAAGUAUUUGGCCAUUUAGUAUGGUUACAGUUACUGUUCUAUUAAAACGUAAACCAUUAUUAGAUCCGAAUGCAGUGAAUAAUUCUACAAACGUUAAUGGACAUACCACUAAUAUUAAUACAAUUACUACUAAUUCCGGUACUACUAAUUCUCCUACUACAUUAUCCGAUUCAAGUUAUUUCGAUCGUGGUCAAACAAUGCAACUUGACUGGAAUGCGUAUAAUAAUAGUGAUUCAUUGAAUUCUAAACUUUAUCCUGUCGCAGAUAUACAUGGUACAGAGACGUUAAAAUCGUUGAAUUAUGAUGAUUUUCUUGGCAGUGGUGGUGGUGAUGAAGAUAAGGUAUUUGAUAAUGUUGGCAAUUCAACGAAGUCAUCAAAGAAAGCCACUCCACCUGUUUGGGAUAAAAGUAAAAGAAAAAAAGGUGUACGCAAAAAUAAAUCACGUAAACAACAACAACAACAACAACAACAGAAAAACUCUUCAUUGGGAUCCGAAAAAGUCAACCAAUUGGAAAUCAAUCCUACAGAUGAAAUUGAUUCAGAACAAGAAGAUAGUGAUUCUGUUGUUGGCAUUGAUAAGAUCCCAGAUCAUAUUGGUUUUACCAAUUCAUCGGUUCCAUCAGAGUUCUCUAUAAAAGAAAAAGAUGAAUCUGUUCAACCAAAUCAUAUUGAUGAUGGACAAGUCCAAAGAAAAAUCACAACGGAUACUUUCGUUGAAUCAUCUUUACCAUCUUCAUUAAAUACAAAUAAAUCUUCAAGUAGAAAACCUAUGAAACCACACAAUAAAUUAUCUAGUAUGAUGGAUUCAAAAACACAUUGUACACAUGUUGUACAUUGUCCUUAUUUUCCUGUGGAGAAAUUUGAAGGUUGGUGGAUAUAUCUAGCUGAUAGAAAAACUCGUCAACUUAUCACUAAACCUAUUUACAUUGCCACAUUACAAACUGAAGAAGAGCUACAACUUAGAUUUGUGGCACCUCCUAUCCCUGGUCAGUAUUUGUACGUACUAUCCGUUCGAUCAGAUAGUUACAUGGAUUGUGAUUUCACUGAAUGUAUUCGUUUCACUGUUCGUCCACUUCCUGAAAGAAUAGUACAAAUCCUUAAGGAACAAGAAGAAGCUGCAUCAGAUGACGAUGAUGAUAGUAGCGAUACAUCAAGUACUGAUACUGAAGAUGAUGAUGAGGUAGAAGCAGAAGAAAAACAAGAAACAGAAAAUGGUGUCGUAAUAGACAAUGAAGAAGAUCCGGAUAUUGAAGUAUUGUCACAGGAGGAAUGUACUCAAGCAAGUAUGGUUAUUGUUGAACAAUCAAAGAAAUGUGAUGAUGACAUUUCUUCAAACAAGAACAAUGUUGAUAAUAAACAAGAACCUGAUGGUGAUGGUGAAGAUGAUGAUGGUGAUGGUGAAGAUGAUGAUGGUGACGAACAAAAUUUUCGUGGUCAUACUAGACAACUAUACAGUAAACGUGACAAUAAAUGUUUAUCAGUUUAUUCGCCUAAAUCUUGAAGUAUUUACAUUUUUCAAUUCUCCUUCACACAUGUUUUAGUGUUAUUUUUAUCUAUCAACUUGCUGCAUUCAUACAUCUUCUUUUGACUAUAUUUAUGUAUGUUAAAAUAAACUAUAUAUAAUGUACCCAUGAUAUCAGU